AUGGCGGCAAAGAAGAUCUACAAUGAAGACCAACUGGUUCGAUUUCUCCCUAAAAAUGGUGCUUCUCCUAAAUCCGAGUUUACUUUUCACUCUCUGAGUUUGUUUUCUCCCCAAUUGAUGCAUCCACCUUCUCAUCUUGCUCCCUCUACCAGGAACCUUGAUUUUAUAAGAAAUAGUAUCUUUAUUGGAGUUAAUCGCAAGUGGGUCUGGGGGGCAAACAAAAGGUCCCAUACUAGCUCUGAUGAAGAGGAGGGAACCCGAGACCCAAAUGUUGCUCCCACUGAUUUUACUAGUCAGGAAGCUAAGGUUAUAAAUCAUCAACAAUAUGAUGAAAAGGCGGAUGUUUUUAGUUUUGCGAUUGUUUUAUGGGAGCUUGUGAUAGCCAAGGUUCCUUAUAAGAAGAUGACACCAUUGGAUCCAUUAGAAGAGGAUGCUGAGACGCUCUUCUCACCAUCGUUCAUCUCCAAAAUAUGGGGUUAG